AUGCGCACUCCCUAUUCCCUAAUCAAACUCACACCUUUCUUCAUCUUCAAUUCCACCUAUUUUCUUCUGUUUCCAAUUCAUUCUUCAUGGGGGUUUUCCAGAUUGAUACUGGUUUGGAUGCUAAUGUCUGUGUUCUUGCCACCAUCGACACCAGAUCCCAACGAUGAAUCUUGUUUGACCAAAUUGUUUGAAUCAAUGGAAGACCCGAAUCAUAAUCUCAUGAAUUGGACCAAACCCAGCUUCGAAAACCCGUGUUCAGGCUUCCUCUCGAACCUCGCCGGAGCAACCUGCAACAACGGCCGCAUCUACAAGCUUUCCCUGCCGAACCUCGCCCUUCGUGGCUCAAUCUCACCGUUUAUCUCCAAUUGCACUAACCUCCAGGCGUUAGAUAUCUCAAACAACUCUCUCACCGGACCAAUACCCAAACGAACUUCAGUACCUUGUCAACCUCGCCGUCCUCAACCUCUCCUCCAACCGUCUCUCCGCCACCAUCCCACCUUCGCUCGCCAUCUCGGCUCCUUAGCACGAUUGUCGGUUUUUGAUGUUUCCAACAACAAGUUAUCCGGCCCAAUUCCGGCGAGCCUCGGAAACCGAACGGGAAACCUGCCACGUUUCAAUGCGAGCUCGUUUUUAGGUAACAAGGAUCUUUACGGGUACCCGUUGGGUCCGAUGAAGAGUAAAGGGUUAUCGGUGGUGGCAAUUGUCGGAAUUGGAUUGGGGAGUGGAUUGUUGAGUCUCGUGUUGAGUUUCACGGUGGUUUGUGUUUGGUUGAGAGUGACGGAGAAGAAAAUGGCCGCCGAACAAGAAGGCAAAAUCAGUCAGUUAAUGCCUGAAUAUUGA